CUCCGCGCAGUACCGAAUCGAAUCGAUGAAUGCAAAUAAGUGUUGGAAGAAAUAGAUUGUGAUUAAGCGUCGACGCUUCUGAGGAGAAUGGUAAUUUCAUGGCAAAGAGUAGAAGAGCUGAGGGGGCAGAUUCAAAGGAAACAGAGAAGCGGCAGAAUUUGGGGGGAAAAUUGGGGAGCAGCGACGGUGGCGGAGGAAAUAUGUUGAGCAGAUCGCGGAAUUCGGCGAAUGCAGCUUUAGGAGCGUAAAAUUGGUUGAAAUCAGGUGCGAAAUUUUGGUUGCAAGGAUUCCAAUUCGAGGAUCUGGAGCGUCAAAUCUAACCUCCUCUUCCGCUGGCUUCUCGCCGUUUCAUCACCUUGCUGAGAAAUCAAAUCUCUGUCGGUGUUCAAUUAGAAUUUGGUUUCUUCACAAACUGCAGCUGCUGUGUUGUUUCCGAUUGAAGAUUUUUCGAAUUGAGUGAGUUAUUUAGUAGUUGCGGUGGUCGGCGAUGGCUUCGGGAUCGCCGGCGAUUAAUAAGAUUGAGAGGGCGCACCAGAUGUAUUGAGAGGGCAAGUAUGCCGAAGCACUGGCGUAUUACACCGACGCGCUUUCCAUGGCCAAGACCACGCCGCAGAAGAUUGCGCUUCACAGCAACCGCGCCGCUUGUUAUCUCAAGCUCCACGACUUUAACAAGUACUACUUUGGGGGAAGGUAUGAUCUGGUGAAAUUUUGUAAGAUAGUCCAGGAAGCUGGCUUGUAUUUGAGUCUUCGGAUAGGUCCAUUCGUCGCAGCUGAAUGGAACUUCGGUGGUGUACCUGUUUGGCUGCACUAUGUGCCGGGGACUGUCUUUCGCACUGACAAUGAGCCUUUCAAGAGCUUCAAAGCAUCAGAAUAUGUCGUGUCAAACAAAAAAUCUCAACAUAUUCCACUCCUGAAUCUCACCAAAAUAUCCCAUUUGCGACCGGGAGCAAUGACACCACGCAUCUGAAGCACCAUCGGCCAGAAGCCAGAACAGACAGCCAAUGCUGUGUUUUCCCUUGUUAUUGGCAGGAAUUCCAAUAUACAUGGUGCUAAUGAGCCACGAGCUGGCCACGAUAUCUUCAUGUACAGGUACAUGUUACCUGACCACGAUAUCUUCAUGUACAGGUACAAUUUACUUCACUUUUAAUCAAACAAUCACUUUUUAAAUUCGCGAUCUACUAAUCCGAAUCGCAUAUAUCUAUAUUCAAUUAAUGAUCAUCUUAAUUUUUUUUCCAGAUGUUUCUUUUAUAUUUUAUUUUAAUGUUUGUGUUUAUUGAUAUUGUUUCUGCAGCCUAUAGAGUAGGCAACAACAAAUUAAUCAGGAUAAGUGAAAAGAUAAGUGUUCAUUUACGGCGUCGAAGAAGGAAGCCGCCACCACCACCGGCGAUAAGGUGACGUUCUCCAGCCGAAAUUAAUUUCAAAUGUGGAGUUCAUGUUUAAUUUUGCAUCCACAUGAUUCCUCAUUUUUUAUUUUGAUUUUGUGUUUGAGCAUUUUCAAUCGAUUGAUGAAAUUAUUGCUUGUGUGGUUAUGAUCUUAGAUACUCCUAACCAGUGAAUUAGGAAUUUUUCCCCUUUUCAGUUGCUUCUCCGAUUUUCUCAACCAUCGGAAGUUCUAAUAAAUAGCAAUGAUUUUCAAAUUUUAGUUUAGAGCUGAAAAUUCCUGCUGUUAUUUUGAAGAAAUUCCUGCUGAAUCACUCGAUCUUUGUGAUGCUGCUGAAUAAAUCGGCGCAGGAGUACGUGUACGAGCAGAAAGACUGUUAUUUUAAUACGAGUUGUUGACAUUUGAUAUUCUGACUAUUGAUAUGUGAAUUAUAAAUGUUACUCCCUCCGUCCACGAAUAGGAGUCUCAUUUCUUAUCGGUGCG